CUACGGCGUGCGCGCGUACGCAACACGUUGGACUUGUGCUUUUCAAUGAAAUUGUAAAUAAUAAAUAAACACAAUAAAAAAUGGCAAAAUUCAGCUCUUAUCACACCUUGUGUCCUGGAAUCGAUCCACAAAAUAUACUUGGAGUUGAGAAAGAUGCUGACACAGGAUGUGCAAUUGUUACUCUAGGGAGAAACAUGGUGUACAGGUAUAAGCUUCAAGAUCUGAAAGAAGCAAGCUGCUGGUCGUCCCAGGAAUGGCUGACAACGCAAGUAGUUUACGAUCGCAAAAUGGAACAUUAUGUGGCAGUCUUCAACGACAAAUACCUGCGCAUGUGGGAAAGCACUGAAAAACACCUGCACAAAGUGAAAAAAUACAAAUUCGACGUGGCACUUUGUGCGAUAAUUCUCUCAGAGGUGGACUCGCCAGUGUUAAUCCGACAAGAUGGAGCAACAGCUUCCCUGAAAUGGGCCCUUGAGAACCGAAAAGUCUGGAGCAACAACAGAGGAAUUUUGAAUUCAUCGAACGAGGAUCUCUCCGAUUGUCGACUGCUUCUCAUCAACGGUAAAACCUACUUCUGUGCACUGACCACCACAAAAACAUCACCAGACCACUGUACCUACCUGAUAACAGAGGUUGACGCCAAAACAUACGUUGGAAUAAAACCAGACAUCACAAGGAUCGAGCUGAAGAGGCCCUCUGAGAAAUUAAUGGGCCACGUAAUUCUUCAGGAUAAAAAUAACGGAUACCUCGUGACACUUUGGUCCCACGGUCGUCUCUACAGUUAUCCCUUGACAGGUGGCUGUCCAGAGCCUGUCCCAGGAAUUCUUGUCAGCGUUGUCACAUCGAUAAGUGCAAAACAUCCUGUGGCAAUGGUGGCCAUCAAUGAAUCAACCAUAGCAAUUUAUGGAGCUGAUGCUAAUGAGGAAGGGGCUGUCCUAGUUAUUUACAAUAUUCAAUUCAAACUCGUUCAGGCCGUCCACAAAUUAAAAUUAUACACUAAAGGAGCUAAAUUGUGGCAGAUGGAUUACAAUCUGCUGCUAGCUGCUAAUCAGCAUCUUGCUGUUGUUCCUUAUCGUUUGGCAUCCCAGAGAAUUGAAACGAUGCUUGGAUCCUCUCUUAGAUUUCAGAAGCCAAUGAAUAACGAUUGUGAUGUCAUUGAGAUCAGGGAGUCGACGAUUGCUGACUGGGAGGAGUCGCUGGAAAAAUUACCAGAGAGAAUUUCUCUUACUGAACUCAGUAAAAACAUUGCUAAACAGAUUAUGACGUAUGUCAAUGAAGGUGCCAGUGAUGCCACCAUUCAGAGGAGAUUAAUACCUCAGCUUAUUGAGAGUAAAGAUGUCAAGACCAUCCUGUGGUGCUUGAAUCAUUUAAAAGAUCUUCCGGAGAAAUUGAUUAUCGAUUUAUUGGCCUUUGGGUUGAGAACACCAGAGACUAUUUUUUCCAAUUCUGUUUCACUGCAAAAUGUGUUGGUGGAGGGAUCAGGAAAAACCACAGUAAUUACCAGGCAUCAAUUUCUGGAUAGAAUUUUCACUCUCAGCUUCUCGGAUAUCUGCCUCCUGCCACAUUUGAAGUCCGUUCUGAUGUUCGAUGAGGUGAUUGAGCUCAUGGAUAUUUUUAUUAAGAAACUCAGCUGUGACGAGGGUGGAGCGGAAGAUCUCGUGGAUCCGCAUGAUAAACAGAUCUACGAGUGGUGCAGUUUGAUUAUGGAUUCUCAUUAUCAGCAUUAUUUACUAUCCAAAGAUCCACGAGUGUUCACCAUUUUUCGAAAGUUGAAUGAUAUUCUAGAUGAUCACUUUCAGGUAUUGAAGGAAAUAGAAGAGCUGAGACCAAUGGUUCAAAGAAUAACUGAUGGAAAACCCUUGAAGAUAUCUUCCAAGGGAAUCAAUAAAUUUUACUUCAUAGAAGUCAUCGAAUUGUAUUAAUUUCAUAUAAAUCAAUAAUACACAUGAAUAUGAUUUGAAUUUUA